AUGGCAGAAGAAAAGUCUGUGUCGGACCCUGAAUCAGUUCUGGUGAACGCGGGUACUGGAAGUCGGGAUGUUGCCGAUGUGGACUACUCAGUCUUCACAGACAAUCAGCGCAGGUAUAUCGUCUUUAUGGCAUCCUGGGCGGGGUUUUUCUCGCCUGUCUCUUCUCAGAUUUACUUUCCCGCUCUGAAUACUUUGGCGAAAGAUCUUCACGUCUCAAAUUCAUUGAUUAAUCUGACUUUAACGAGUUAUAUGAUUUUUCAAGGUCUGUCGCCUAUGUUCAUUGGUGAUUUCGCAGACAAAGCUGGGCGACGACCUGCAUACAUUCUGUGUUUUGCUAUUUACAUUGCAGCCAAUAUCGGACUCGCCCUCCAAAACAACUAUGCUGCUCUUUUCGUUCUCAGAUGCCUGCAAAGUGCAGGGAGCAGCACAACUAUUGCUCUCUCGUCUGGUGUGGUCGCUGAUGUAGCCACUGCUUCCCAACGAGGAUCCUAUAUGGGAUUUGUCACAGCAGGUUCUCUUAUGGGACCUUCUGUUGGUCCAGUUAUUGGAGGUCUGCUUUCUCAAUAUCUGGGUUGGAGGGCUAUCUUUUGGUUUCUGACAAUCUUCGCUGGAGCCUUCAUGGUUCCGUUCCUGAUCUUCUUCCCAGAAACAGCCCGAGGUAUCGUUGGUGAUGGUUCACUGCCGCCGCAGAAAUGGAAUAUGUCCUUGAUCAGCUACCUAAAGUCCCGAAAGGCUCGUGAGGAGGGCGUUGUUUCUCCGGCCAAUGCACCCAAGCAGAAACUCAAGUUUCCUAAUCCCUUCCAGACUCUUGCUAUUGUAUUUCAGAAAGAUACUAGUCUUAUUCUCUUCUGCAACGCUAUUCUUUUCGCCGGAUUCUACGACGUGAGCGCAACCAUUCCUUCCAUCUACAACGAACUCUACGGUCUGGACGAUCUCCAGGUUGGUCUAUGCUAUAUUCCGUUUGGUCUUGGUGCCACCAUUGCUUCUAUUGGGAACGGGAAAUUUCUAGACUACAACUACCGCCGGCUUGCAAAGCAGCUGAACUUCCCAUUGACCAAGAACCGCCACACUGACCUGCGAAAAUUCCCCAUUGAGAAAGCUCGUCUUCAGAUCGCAUUUCCUCUUCUCGCUCUGGGAAGCCUUAGUGUUCUUGCAUUUGGUUGGUUCCUGAACUAUGGAAUCCAUCUUGCCGCGCCAACAUGCAUCUUGUUCCUCAUGGGAUUGACCUUAACGGGAGCAUUCAAUACCAUCAGCACACUGCUGGUAGAUCUAUACCCAACCCAAGCGGCCAAAGCUACUGCCGCUAACAAUUUUGGGCGAUGCUUACUGGGAGCGGGUGCAACGGCGCUCAUUGAUCCCAUGCUUUCGGCCAUGGGGCGUGGCUGGUGUUUCACUUUCAUUGCACUCGUGAUGCUGGCCACGACACCACUGCUUUUGAUUGUGAUUCGAAAGGGUCCCGAUUGGAGAGAAGCACGUCGCCUGAAAGAGGAAUCCAAGAAGGCUGGACAAGAGAGAAGUGACCAAUAA